CAACGAGAUUCCACCACAUCUUUAAGUUUCUGCAAGAGUCAGCUGACUGACCAAGCCUCUGGAUUCCAACAACCUUUCGACGUAUAAACGGGACAAUUUUCCCACAAAGUUGCUUGCUAGCCAGAUGAGAUGCCCAACCUUGAAAUCAAGAUGAUCAGCCCUGACCAUUCUUUCACUUUUGUGAACUUGGCGUCAAAGAGCUUCGACCUUGUUCAACGUUCGCUACCUACUGCGCCGGACGUGCGGAUAAUUCAGGAGUUACCCGAUUCCACAGUUUUAACAAAAGGUGGAGAGGCAAUCAUGUCAUGGACGAAAGGAUGCUACUUCGGAAAGAGCGGCCGCGACGACGUUAUGCUCUGCUGGCAAGAGAUGGAGGCAUUGCAAUCGUUCUGCAUCGGCAUUGAGUCGCCUGAGAGGGGGUUUUUCAAGCCCAUUCGGUCACACUACAAGAUCAAGUACAAUGACGGAAAGACAAAUAAGGAUUGGUUUUUCCCUUCCGAUAACCCUGGAGAUCCAUACACUUUCCCAAACACGAUGGACGUCAACAUCAGGGUUACAAGUCAUUCUGUGAAGGAUCAGCUCGAGCUUGAGAUCAUGAUUACGGAUAAGAGUUCAUCAGAUCUCAAACAGUAAUGACAUUGAUAUUUAUCUUCCAGUACACCAAUUUAGGCAUAUCUCGAAAAGCUUUGAUUAUUGAAAACACGAGGUUGCGGGAGUUGUUUUUUUCGGUCAGGUUCAGGUGCGAUGUUUUGUUCUCGUCGGGAUAUGAAAAUAAUCCAACUGAAUUCUUCGGUUUUAUCAUUUCAAGCUUGGUCGUACCUUUUGGGGCAUUUUGUAAACCACUGACUGCCGUGCUGCACGGUUCAUAUAUCACAAAAGGAUUAUACAAGACUUACUUACCUAUCUCUUCCUUUCAUUACUGUGUUUUAAACGAACAUCAUAAAUGUUCCGCAGUACUUUGACUUCCAAUUCGCAGAAAAACAACAAUAGUAUAAUAACCAUGUCAAUGUGGC